CCGGGAGCGGCGGUGGCAGCGCGGCUGCCAUGCGGCUCAGGAUGAUUUCGGCUGCCUCCGUCCUCGUCCUGCUCUUCCUGCCCUCGGAGACCUGCUCGCCCCUGCAGUGGCCCCGCAGGCUGCCCGUAGCCCCCCAACCCAGCUGGGAGCUGUGGCCGGGAGCCCCACGACCCCCGGUGCCCGCCGGCAGCCCCCAGCCCCACGGACAGCCCCGGCUCUGCCAGCCCCGGGGGGCAGCGCCACCACGGCCCCCCCGCAUCCCCCGGGCGCUGCAGGCGGGCAAGAGGCGAGAGGGGAAACCCAACUCGUUGGACCUCACCUUCCACCUCCUGCGCGAGUUCCUGGAGAUGUCCCGCGAGGAGAGACUGGCCCAGAAGGCGCUGAGCAAUAAGCUGCUGCUGCAGAGUAUAGGGAAGUGACCGGGAGGGGGGGCUGAAGGGGACCCCACCCCAUAGCGAGCACCCAAGGGUGGCCGCGGUGGAGCAGAC